AUGAAGCAAAACACGGCGCUUCGAGGCCUCCUCCCUAGCCUAGCUUCCACUGGAAGGCGCAGCGGCGGAGUGCCCCUGUGCACGUUCAGCAGGGGACUUGCUCGCGCAGAGACGCAAUCAACAGCGGCAAGAGCCGGAGCUUUAGUUGGAAAAGGGGCGAAUGGGCUCGGGAACCGAGCUCAGAGCCACCUAACCGCUCUGCGCCAGUUGCGUGCCUUCUCCUCGGGACCAGCGGAGGGAGAUAGAUACGAGUUCAAGGCUGAAAUCCAGAAACUGCUCCAAAUUGUGGCCCACUCACUGUACACCGACAAGGAGGUGUUCAUCCGGGAGCUGAUCAGCAACGCGAGCGACGCGCUUGAAAAACUCAGGUUCCUCGAGGAGACCCGGGAAGGGCUUUCAGGCACCAAGGUGGACCCCGGUGUGCCUUACAAGAUCAAAAUAUCCGCCGAUGCGGAGUCAAAGACCUUCACCAUCGAGGACACCGGUGUGGGUAUGUCCAAGGAUGAAAUUGUGAACAACCUCGGCACCAUCGCCAAAUCGGGGUCGCUCGCGUUCCUGGAGGACCCGGCGCUCAACGCCAAGGACAAGGCGAAUGCGAUCAUCGGCCAGUUCGGCGUGGGCUUCUACAGCAGCUUCGUCGUGUCCAAGAAGGUCGAGGUUUUCACCCGGAGCUUCGACCCGGAAAAGGGCGCCAAGGGCUACCACUGGUCCUCUGACGGCGCGGGCUCCUUCACCAUCAAGGAGGUGGACGACCUGCCCAGAGGCACCAAGAUCAUAUGCCACCUGCGCGACGACUGCCUGACCUUCGCCAACACGGCGAACGUGAAGCGCGUCGCGGAGAAGUUUUCGGCAUUCGUCAACUUCCCGCUCUACAUACAGGAGAAGGAGUCCGACGUUGAGAUCACGACACAGAAGCCGCUGUGGAUGGAGACCAGCGCAUCGGACGAGGAGCACACGAAGUUCUUCAGGUACCUCAACAACGCCUCAUGGGGAGAGCCCAUGUACAAGAUCGCGUUCCACUCCGACGCCCCGCUCUCCAUCAAAUCGCUCUUUUACAUCCCAGAGGACGCACCCAGCAGGUUGUUCCAGUCGGCGUCGGAGGUGGGCGUGUCGCUGCACUCGAGGAAAAUUCUGAUCCAAAAGUCGGCGGAUGCCAUCAUCCCCAAGUGGCUCUUCUUCGUCAAGGGUGUCAUCGACUGCGAGGACAUCCCGCUGAACGUCAGCCGGGAGCUGGUGCAGGACAGCCAGCUGGUCAAGAAGCUCGGCAACACCGUGGUGAAGCGCAUCCUGAAGUUCAUGCUCGACGAGAGCAAGCGCGACCCCGAAAAGUUCAGGAAGUUCUACGACAAAUACCACUACCACCUCAAGGAGGGACUGCUCGACGAGUCGCACAAGAACGGACCCUACCGUGAGCAGCUGCUGCAGCUGAUCAGGUACGAGUCCUCCAAGGGCGAGCCCAACCAGCUCAUCACCUUCGACGAGUACAUCGCCACCAUGAAGGAGAAGCAGAAGAACAUCUACUACUUCUGCGCCGCGAACCGCGAGACCGCCCUCGCAAGCCCCUACAUGGAGUCCUUCAAGCGCAGGGACAGGAACGUGCUGCUGCUCUACGAGGACAUCGACGAGUUCGUCUCGAUGAACCUACAGGAGUACAAGGACAAGAAGAUGGUCGCCAUCGACUCCCCGGAGCAGGACUUCGAGCCUGACCUCGAGACCCUGGACAACGAAAACGAAGCGGAGCUCGAACUGCUCACCGAGGAGCAGCGCACGAAGCUAUCGGAGUUCGUGCAGGCCACACUCGGCGCCAAGGUGAACGCAGUCAAGUUCUCCGAGCGCCUGGUGGACUCCCCUGCGGUCGUCACGGGGUUCCUCUCCGCCGCGCUGCGCAAGGUCAUGAAGGCGACCAUGAAGGGCGCGCCCGACGCCGGCGCCAGCCUCGCAGCGAUGCCGUCGACGCUGGAGCUCAACCCGAAGCACAGCAUCAACGUGACCAUUUUCCACGUCAUGCAGAACGACCCCGAAGUGGCCAAGACACUCGUCGAGCAGCUCUACGACAACGCCUCGAUCGCCGCCGGGAUCGUCGACGACCCCCGCACCAUGCUGGGCCGCCUGAACAAGAUGCUCGAGCUCACUGCGGACUUCGCGCGCAAAAACUGCAAUUAA